UCUUCAGCUCGCUCCUUUGUCACACACAGAGGCAGCAGCAGCAGCGCCUUAUCCGUGCCGCACCCAUUCUGCUCCAUUGCGCGGAUCACUGCGCGCAGGUAACAACCGCCUAAAAAAACGACACUUUUUCUGAACGAAGUUUGACUCAUUGAGGACGGAAACAAAUGGCUGAAACUGAGCCCUGAUUGAAACAGAUUUAGAGACACAAUAGGCUAAAUUAUUUUUUUCAUCAGUCGCGUUUUACAAAAAAAAGGAGUUCAAAGUGCUCGUGGAGGUGACCUCAGGUAGACUGCGUCCCUACUCGACGAGGAUCUGGAUUUACUUGGCAAACGAGUUCGUAUUCACAAGUAUCCUAAAGAUUACAGACCAGUGAAUCCAGAGUUCCAGCGGAGGCCUCAGACUUCAAACUGGAUCCUUCGAGUCCUCACCUGUCCAGCUGAUGGCAUGCGGAUCUCCAAACCAUUGGGACGGGCGAGUCUGAAUGAAGCCCUAAACUUUCCUCUCCGCCUCUCCUCUGCAACACCGCUCUCCUCUUUAUCCCCUCUGCCUCUUCUUUGAUCAUCAUCCACCUGUCAUCUCAACAUGGACACCAAAACUGAAGACAAGGACGGUUGCCACUACAACAAAACCGUCAAGUUUUUCUAUGAGGAGAGUGGGAAAAACAUCAGCGACCACUGGCGAAAUCGUGACUAUGUGAUUGUCAGUCUGGGCAUGACGGUCUGCUUCAUCGUCAUCUUCUCAAACCUUUUGGUCAUGGGCGCUAUUUUAAAAAACAGACGCUUUCACUUUCCCAUCUACUACCUGCUGGGUAACCUGGCUUUGGCAGACCUCUUUUCAGGUGUCUCCUACCUGCACUUGAUGUUUCAUACUGGUCCCUGGACCAUUAAGCUGUCUAAGCACCAGUGGUUUGUGCGCCAGGGGCUGAUCGACACCAGCCUGACAGCUUCGGUCUUAAACCUGCUGGCUGUGGCCGUGGAGCGUCAUCAGACCAUCUUCAACAUGCAGCUGCAUAGUAAGAUGAGCACGCGGCGAGUCUUCAUCAUCAUGAUCUUCAUCUGGCUGGUGGCCAUCGUCAUGGGCCUGGUUCCCACCAUGGGCUGGCACUGCCUGUGUGACCUGGAAAAGUGCUCCACCAUGGCGCCCAUGUACAGUCGCAGCUAUCUGGUGUUCUGGGCCACCCUCAACCUGCUCAUCUUCUCCAUCAUGGUGGCCGUCUACACCCGAAUAUUUAUCUAUGUGAGGCACAAGAGCAAGCAGAUGUCACAUCACACCAGCCAGAUGAGGCACAGAGAGACUGUGUUCAACCUGAUGAAGACGGUCUCCAUGAUCCUGGGCUGUUUUGUGCUCUGCUGGACGCCCGGCCUGGUGGUGCUGCUGCUCGAUGGUCUGGGCUGCGACAGGUGCAAGGUGCUGCGCUACGAGAAGUACUGCCUAGUGCUGGCGGAGUGCAACUCCUUCGUCAACCCCAUCAUCUACUCGUUCAGGGACAAAGACAUGAGGAGGACCUUCAAGGAUAUCCUGUGCUGCCUAUGCCCAUGGGGCCGCAACGCAAAGAGCAGCUCUGAGGUGCAAUUUAACACCCUGGACCGCGAGAAGUAUAAAUCUCGUACCACCGAGCUGACAGAGAGGAGCAACGGGACACUUCUCAUCCGCUCAGAGGACACGCCUGUCUCCUCAGAAAAGUGGAAGUAAUGCAUACAACCACAAACUUUCAACACAUGAGACAGAAUGCAGACGGACAUUUUACGAUGAAAUCCUUCCAUCUGUGCAUGUACACGUAAACAUAAGACCUCAGAGUGUGUGACAGGGCCAGAAACUGUUUAUUCUAUAGGUAAAGUUUAGAUUUGACCUCAGCACUCAAUGGUUAUACUUUUUGUUGUCUUCAUCACUGGGCAGGAAGACCUUGGAAACUUCUAACAAUCGGCUAACAUUACCUUGGAAUACGAAUUUAAAUGUAGUUGGCAGAAGAGGCUGAUUUGCACUCUGUCGUCGCCUUUCAGCAGAAGAAAGGAGAAUAACCACCCAUUACUCAUCCAUUCUAAACAACAUGGGGGGGCGUUGGAGAGCUUACAUCCUGUUGAGACAUAAAUGAAGCUCCAUUUUUUCCCUAAACACAUGCUGUUGUAAGAGAGAGGUCAGAAUAACUGGAAGAAACUGGCAAUGCGUGGAAGAACUGACUAAUAAUGUGUUUGUCUUUAUGUCAUCUAGUUGAAUAGGUUCUGUAUCAAAUGGCUUUAGCUUGUAUCCUCUAAUCAUGAGGGUCAUAAUGUUCAGUGUGUUGAAACUGUUACAGAGCUGUUUGAGCCACCAUGUGAUCUUUUUCAAACUGCAGUUGUAGUUGCUGUUGAAAUAGUCGGCAUUUCUGUUAAUCAGACACACUCUAAUUGAUAAAUGAAGGUAGGAAAAAUUACUAGAAUCAUCCCCAACCCAUCUCACACAACCAAAAUCAAAACAGUUUCAACAUAACAUUGGGAUUUAGUAGAGUCAUUGUAACUUCGUCUAUGAAAUGACAUCAUACAUUAAGACUUUUAAGAUGCUGUCAGAGGCCACUUCAACUUCACAUGAAACAAGUGCCAUGAUGUCCUGGGCCCAGUUGUUCAAAAGUAAUCCGUCCCAAAAACAAUCAGAUUGUAUACAAUCUCAAAACUUUUUUUUUCUUGAAGAAAAAGGGAUUAAGACUAAGGAUUGGAUUAGGCAGUACAGCCUUGGUUUUCAUCCAUUUACUGUAUAACCCCAGUUUGUGUUUUAUAAAACUUUACAGUGGGAUGACUUUGAAAAUGAUCAAAUUACGAUGUUUUUAAAUUAUCUUUUGUUAUUAUCAUUUUUUAAAUAUUUUUCUUUAAAAUAGCUGAAUCCAUACAAUGACAUUGUUGAUAAAGUAGACAUUAAGUUCCCCAUCAUAAAUGCACCAAGUAACUCAAUAUUUGUAGAAAAAGAUAUUUAAAGCAGCUCUUUUAGUUUGUGUUGAUUUUGGUUCCCCCCUGUGGUCAAGGCAUGUCAUUUGAAGUCCCUUUUAGAGCACAUGUAAAGGUUAUCCAAUCCAGUUUGUAUUUGAAACACCAAAAGUUAGCUGGAUUACAGUACCUGAUCCUGAUGAGGAAAAGAAGUGGAUUUCCAAAUCCGGAUAAUUUGAAAUCCCAAAUAAAGCUUUUGAACAAUCGGGCCCUGGGUUUAAUAAAGAACUGUUAGUUGGUUGAUUAUUAAAUCGUUAACCACUGACGGUUAUAUUGAUUUUCACAGACUUUUUAAAGUAUUACAUUAGGGUUUCCAGGUUGUUAAAAAUAUGUAAAUUAUGCUGUUUAAACGAGCCGGUUUAUUUAUGCAGAACUUCAAGAAAUGUGUGUCCUGUCUUUUAAAAAGGGUGAAAACUCUGAUGUUUAAUUUUAAUUUUACAUUUUUCAUAAAUUGCACUGACCACACAUCGUGGAUUAGAUCCUGUUUGCAGUGCAGGGGUUUCAACUCAUCAGAAUUGUUUCUUUUUCUAAUUUAAGAUUGCAGGCUGUCCCUUCUCCAAACAUUCGUUUUUCUAUAUGCACGUUUUCAUUCGCUGUUUGCUACUGACACUUUGGUGUUUGCAUUGUGUAAAUGCUCUCUGUGCUUUUGUAAAAUGAUUGUGAUAUAAACCUUUAUUUAUGAUCACAGUAACUGUAGAUAUUAUGUACAGUAUUUAGUGCAGUUUGGAAGAUUUGCCAUGUCAAAAAAAACAUUAAAAGACAUACAUCUAGUCUUAUGGAUCAAACCGA